AAAUGUCAGACACGAGUUCGUGAGGGUGAACUCCCAAGCCAACGCAUUUCCCUCUAGCCGUGCCAGGUCCCAGCGCCAAGGGUUCGCUAGGCAGGGAUUAGGUAUCUGUCGCCGGUUCCCCAGAAAGCCACGCGAUCUGCGAACUCUCUCCCCCCGCAUCAACGACGAUCAUCUCUCGGUCGGGGGCGAUCCAAGGACCGACCCAGGGGCGGAAUUCGAAAUCCCCUGCCGUACCAAUUAGCCGCGCACAUAAUCUCACUAGCCUAGCCCGGCUUGCCACGCGCUUUUUCCCUCGAGUCGGAAAUUUUAUGGCCUCCUGGGGUGGGUUGCUUGGUUGCUUGGUCUGGAUGGCAAGGUGGCAACGGCGUGUUUGCCGCGCCAAUGGUGCCGCUGCCCGCGACGAGCUAUAUUGCAACCUCGUGAUGGCGGCGGGGAAUUGACGACCCCAGGACCCUGUCGUUCGUAACAAUUCCUGGAUAUGGCUCGGCUUCAGGGCGCCGCUAGGGCUUGGUGGUAAACAGUCAUAGUAGCGAUGAUGCGCUGCACCGACCUUGGCGCCAGGCAGAUAUAAAAAUGGGCGUCCAAGGACAGCGGCCGGGCCGAAGAAGAGUAGGGGACUGCGCGCACAAGACACGCCCCAGACAGACUCUCUCGGGAUAACUCCGUCUCUUCAUACUGGGCCAUCAUGCUCGGCUGCAAUGCAUCCAAAGCCCUGGGCGUCCUGGCGGCCCUGCUGCUCGCCCCUGGCGCGCUUGCCCAUCCGGGACACGAGCACGCGGUGCACGCGCGCGACGUCCCUCCCGUCUUUACCGACACGGGCGACUCGGCGCUUGCGUUCCCCCUGAGCCAGCUCUCGCUCGGCUCGGGCAGGUUCCGCGAGAACCAGGACCGGGCGCUGACCUACAUCAAGUCGGUCAACGUCGACCGCCUGCUGUACAACUUCCGCGCCAACCACCGCGUGUCGACCAACGGCGCGCAGUCCAACAAAGGGUGGGAUGCGCCCGACUUCCCCUUCCGCACGCACUUCCAGGGCCACUUCCUGACGGCCUGGGCGCAGUGCUACGCCACGCUCGGCGACGCCACGUGCCGCGACCACGCUAACUACUUCGUCGCCGAGCUGGCAAAGUGCCAGAACAACAACGCCGCGGCCGGGUUCAAGGCCGGCUACCUCUCGGGCUUCCCCGAGUCCGAGAUCGACAAGGUCGAGCAGCGCACGCUCAGCAACGGCAACGUGCCCUACUACGCCAUCCACAAGACCAUGGCCGGCCUGCUCGACGUCUGGCGCGUCAUGGGCAGCACGCAGGCGCGCGACGUGCUGCUGCGCAUGGCGGGCUGGGUCGACACGCGCACGGCGGCGCUGUCGUACCAGCAGAUGCAGAACAUGCUCGGCACCGAGUUCGGCGGCAUGAACGAGGUGCUGGCCGACGUGUUCCACCAGACGGGCGACGCGCGCUGGAUCAAGACCGCGCGCCGCUUCGACCACGCCGCCGUCUUCGACCCGCUCGCCCAGGGCCAGGACCGCCUCAGCGGCCUGCACGCCAACACACAGGUGCCCAAGUGGAUCGGCGCCGCGCGCGAGUACAAGGCCACGAAGGAGGAGCGGUACCGGACCGUGGCGCGCGCGGCGUGGAACUUCACCGUGGCCGCGCACACGUACGCCAUCGGAGGCAACAGCCAGUCGGAGCACUUUCGCUCGCCAAACGCCAUCGCGGGCUACCUCGCCAAGGACACGGCCGAGGCGUGCAACUCGUACAACAUGCUCAAGCUGACGCGCGAGCUGUGGCUGGCCGACCCGUCGGCGGCCGCCUACUUUGACUUUUACGAGCGCGCGCUGCUCAACCACAUGCUGGGCCAGCAGGACCCGCGCAGCGCCCACGGCCACGUCACCUACUUCACGCCCCUGAACCCGGGAGGGCGCCGCGGCGUCGGCCCGGCGUGGGGCGGCGGCACGUACAGCACCGACUACGACUCGUUCUGGUGCUGCCAGGGCACGGGCAUCGAGACCAACACGAAGCUCAUGGACAGCAUCUACUUUCGCGGCCGGGACGACGCCACCCUGUACGUGAACCUAUUCAUCAGCUCGUCGGUGAAGUGGACGCAAAAGGGCGGCGUCGUGGUGACGCAGACCACGACCUUCCCCAAGUCCGACACCACCACGCUCGACGUCUCGGGCGCGGGAGGGGGCCGGUGGACGCUGGCGGUGCGCGUGCCGUCCUGGGUCGCGGGCCAGGCCGUCAUCACGGUCAACGGGCAGGCGGUGCAGGGCGUCAGCACGGCGCCCGGGACCUACGCAUCCAUAACGCGGGACUGGCAGGCCGGCGACAAGGUGGUGGUGCGGCUGCCGAUGAGGCUGUACACCAUCGCGGCCAACGACGACAUGGGGCUCGUCGCCGUCGCGUACGGCCCGGCCGUCCUCAGCGGCAAGUACGGCGACACCGCCCUGAGCGGCGUGCCCGGCCUGGACCUAGCCUCGGUCAAGAAGACUGGCGACCUGGACUUUGAGGCCACGUCGGGGGGCAAGAAGGUGCAGCUGGGGGCCUUUUACGACGCCCACGGCUUCAACUACAAUGUGUACUGGCGGGCCAACGGGAAACUCCCCAGCAGCUAGAAGAGGAAUUUGGGGGUCGUUUGGCUGCUUUGUAUUUUGGUAGUUGCGCUUCCAUCAAACACAUGUCCUCUGCUCAACCCCACGUCGAGCCUGUUCGUGUCAUGACACCCUUCGAGUGGGGGUCAAGAGUUCCGAUUUACCCCACCAAGGGUUUGCUAUAAACCCCAACUUGCGAGAGGGGUGGCUAGGCGUAAUCGCAUUUCUUCAAAAGGUAGAGAGAGC